AGACAUCUUAUUUGUUUAUUGAAACACGAAAAACGUGGAUUUUACUGAAACUAAAAGUGAGUAAUACACAUUUUAAACACAAUUAUUGUGAAACAAUUUUUACACUCGGCAUUGCACAUGUUAUAAUACUUUGAUGUCUCUCAAACAGUACAUCGUGGUGGUGGCUGCCAUGGUACUAUUGGAUCAAUAACAACUAGUAUGGAGAAGACUCAAACGUUUAGGCUAUGGCAAGACGACCAUGCCUUUCCUUAUUCACUCUUGUCUGCGUUAUAUCUACUGCACUCCUAGCUGCCAUAUAUUUCCCAAUCGGAUUUGACAACAAAAAAGAUGAAACAGACAGUACAGCCAACUUUAUAUAUUCAAAAAACGACGUAACAGAAAUAAAGGGAAAUGAAGUUCGCAAAUAUCAAUUAAAAGGAGAUAAACAUUGUCUAGCUACAGUAGAAUCAUAUCUAGACAACAAAGGACAAUUUAUUAUCCCAUCAGAGGAACUGUUUUCUACACUACCAGACAAUGUUAUCGCAUGUUUAUAUAAAAGAUAUGGGAGUACACUACAGACAUACUGUCCACUGCACGGUCGUCACGGAAGUGUUCAGAAUGGAUGGACUUUUUGUCAAAGUGGAUGCUACACACCAAAUGCAAAUACAAUGAUAUAUGCUAUCAGUUCCGUCAACGAUGAUGUGAACGAGAAGAGUGUGAGACUGAAGCUUAGGGCAAAUGUGGAACGCUAUAAUAUAAGACAAAGCAUAGGUUGGACUUUUAGUAAACAGAUAGUAGUUCAAAAAAAAGUCAGUGAAUCAACGGGUCAGGAGACUGAUUUGAUUAAACUUCUCGAUAAACUUAAAACCAAAACGGGAACAGAAGAUGUACUUAUCAUUGACGCUGGUGCUAUAACAAAGCAAGUCAUGGACACAGUUUUAAAGUCCGCUGUUUUAGAGAAAUUUCAACAGGUUUUGAUACGGACGAACUACAUGUCAGGAGGAAGCAUAGAAUAUAAAGCCGCCUUACGCCAUUACAGGGCAAUUUAUGAAGAAGGAUUUAGAUUAUUUUGGUCAAGAGAAGAAUGGAAUUGUGCCCAUGGACUUGUAACCGGAUGUCUUUAUUUACAUUUCAUGCAUAAGGACUGCAGGGAUACAUCGAAAAAGAUGGAUGAAACACAUUUAACAAUUCCAGAUGACUCUAAACUUAUAACAUAUGAUAAUGAUACAAUUCAGGACUUGUAUACAAGAUACUUAACAUCACUCCAGAUCCACUGUACCCAAGUUAUACGACCUGGAAUACUUAAAGAUGGUGGAUGGAACGUUUGUCAUGAUGUUAAAUAUAGACCACCAACAGAUUGUCUAGUAUAUGACUUUGGGAUUGGAAAUGAUUUCGUUUUUGAUGAUGACAUGACGAAGAUAUAUGGUUGUGAAGUUCAUGGUUUUGAUCCAACCAUGAAAAUGAAAUCAAGGAAAAGAACUGAAAAGGCAUGGUUCCACGAUGUCGGUAUUGGAGAAGUUGAAUAUACAAGACGUAAAAAAUUUAAGAUGUCAACAUUCAAAAACAUAAGUAAAGCUCUUGGUCAUGAAAAUAGAAAAAUGAAUAUAAUUAAAAUGGAUAUUGAAGGCUCUGAGUGGGUCAGUAUUCCAGUUAUGAUCAAGCAAGGAUAUUUUAAAGAUGUUACACAGCUCCUUAUUGAAUUUCAUGCGUAUCCUGCUGUGUCGUAUCUAUCGCAAUUAAAAUCAUUAUAUGAUUUAGGAUUUAGGAUUUUUUGGUACCAUAGAAAUCCAUUUUGGAAAAAUUUAUUUGUUCACAAUCUUACUCAACACUCUUCUUGCUACGAGAUUCAUAUGAUGAAGGUUGAUGUGUAGAAAAGGAACUGAAAUAAAUAAUGAACAUCGGGUUUGACAUAGCAACAACCAUUCCACUAUAAAAGGGGUUUUAGUUUGGAAAACUCAUCGGAGAAUUUGAUUUGACAUAGCAACAACCAUUCCAGUAUAAAAGGUGUUUUAGUUUGGAGAACACAUCGAAACAACACGAAUGGAUAUGUCUAACUAAAAUGAAUUGACUGAUGUGUAGCUGGAAUAUAUUUAUUGAUGAGAUUAUGUUUCAUGUAGAAUAACAGUACAUGGUGCUAUAGAGAAAAGACGGAUUAAAAAAAUAUUUUGUAAUUUAUGUGAUACAAAAAAUGGUUUUGAACAAUUA